AAGCGGUUCUCUAGCUGGGCGCGGGGGCCAGGGGCGGUUCGCUCCCUCAAACCUACUCCCCUCUCUGCUAGGCCUUGAAGGGACAGCAGAACUUCUCCGAAGGGCAGGAAGCUCUGAAGAACUUUAUUCCUCCAAGUGCUUUCUAGCAGCCGCCGCCGCGCGGAGCCCACUUUUCCUGCCAGUGACUCUUGGCUAACACGACCCGCAACAAGCAGCCUCUUGAAGCCACGCUUUCCUCAAGUGUUAAAAGGAAACGGGAAAUGCCAGACAGCUGCUAGGAUGAGUGGGGCUACCGGUGCAGCGCCUUAAACUCCAUUCUCUCCUCGUUCAAGUGCAUGCCACCGCUUCCUUCAGCCUGACCCUCAAUCCCGACACUCCCUUCAGGGGGGCUAGGAUUUCGACCCUGUGGCUUCUCCCUUCUCAGAUCCCAGAGCAGAUCACUCCCAGAGCCAGCUGCUCGCGUCAGCCUCCCUGGCUGCCCCUUUGCUUUGAGACAGAGGCGCCAGAAUUGCCCUCGCCCAGGGAGGGAGUCAGAGGAACUCCCAGGAACAGGAACCCUGCUGUCCAGAUAAACACCAACGUGCUGCCAGCGGCGAACCCGAGGUGCCUAGCUGUGCUUAGCGUUGCUGGCUUCUCCAACGUGCUCAGAGAUUUAUCACACCACCUCUGACGGGCCCCCUGCACCUGAAGUCCAGGACCGCCUGAUGGUGCCAGCAGGCGUCUCGGAGCUGGAGACGGUGCAGACUCUGCUGGAGCAUCACAGGAACGUGGUCAAGACCCUCCCCUCGGACCCCCACAUCCUGACGGGCAUCGGUGCUGCCCAGCCGCGCGUCGACGUUCCCUACCAGGAGCCUCAGUGUUGCCAGCCCUAACAUGCAGCCCGAGUCCUGCCUCCGCGCCCCCCCACCCCGGACUGGGGGACAGUGACAGGGGUCCUGCCCGUCAGGUCUCCGAGGGGGCCAGCUCAGCGCACCUCAGCAUCUGAGGGGCACAUCUUUUCGGCACACAUCUGACACCGGGGCUCCCUGCGACACGGAUCUCGGCCUUGCCCUCGGGACGCCGAAGUCCCCGCGGAGCACUGGCAGGAGGGCUCUGCUUGGGCCGAGGGUGUCGUCCAGCACGCUCACUUCCGCCCGAGGCACUGAUGGUUUCAGGUGGUACUUAAAAUAAGACCUGUGCGGCCUUUGUGGGGACACAGCCACUUCCUGGAGCGGCAGUUCUCGUUGGUCCUGGGCAGUCUGUUCAGGGGCAUUAUCAGGCCAGGUGCCAUCGCCAGGUGCCAUCGCCAGGACCCCUGGGUUCAAAUCUACGGGAAGAGAAAUCCCCCAUGUGGCUGAGAGGCUGGGCAAGACUGCUUUUAAUUAAAUUUAAAAGUUCAUGCAAUCGUUCACAAAGGGUUCAUGCCUAGAAUGGUAAAUAAAAAUGUGAGUGUCAGAAUAUAUUAUUAUUAAUUAAUAAUUCAGAGAGAGAAAUAGAAAAAUUGGAAUGUAAAAUUCUGUUGUGUUUUUUUUUCCCAUCACUCCACAGUGCAUCCAGCAAACGCCUGUUUUUAAAAAAGAAUAAUUAGAUGUUGAGACUGUCUGGAGGAUCAUUACUUCUAAUUAACCUAGUUAUUUACUGUAAACUAAGCACCGUUUGCGAGCAGGCUGCUUUGCCGGCAUUACUGGUUCUCAGAUGUGCCGACCCUGGACGGUCUGAGAAUGAAGAGACCCUUGCUCGGAGCGCUUCCUCGGGGCUGUUCCCCCUGGCGGAGGCCGCCCGGGCAGCCGUGGGCUGGGGGAGUGGCCCCCGUCCCGCCAGCCCUCUGCAAGGGGGACGAGGAUACCUCAGCCCUCCUGGGACCGCAGCAGACCGAAUGAGGAAGCUGAGGCUCAGAGAAGGAGCAGGACUCGACUCUUGCGUGGGCAGCCCCGUCGCCGUUUGGACUGGCCAGCAGGAGCAGCUAACCCCCUCAAGAGUAGAGCCGAGGAAAGGGCUGCCCAGUCCCCUGGGGCUGAGAAGUAGCCCCCAGCUCAGGUCUCCAGGCAUGGGGAGUGAUUCAUACGUCUGCCUUGGCUGGAUGCCCCGCCCUCCAAUGGGCAGUGCCAGUGCUUUCGUUAGAGAUGCCGUGUCCUGGCCAGGUGGCUCGGUUGGUUGGAACGUCAUCUCGGGCACCAAAAGGCCGCAGAAAGAGAGCAUUUGGGAAGAUGGUGGCGUAGGUAAAUGGGGUGCUCGAAUCCUCCCACAACCACAUCAAAAUCACAACCGAACUACAGAAUGGCCAUCAUUCAGAACCACCUGUAAUCUGGCUGAAUACAACGUCCCUGUAUUCCAGCCGCGUGGGGAACAGCGACUGGUGUGCUGUGUGCUGUCACUGCAUAGGGACGCACAGCUCCCGCCGCCCCUCCAUCCUGGAGACUGCUCGCUGAACUAUGUGGCUGUCGGGACAGCACUUCGGGGUCUGAGAAAGAUGGGGUGGCCUGGCCGCAGAGGCCCUCGGUGGCCCAGGAGAAGGCUGUCCUGUGUUCCUGCUCCCCUUCUCCACCCGUCCCCUCCUACCCCUCCUGCCCACUUCCACCCCCCCUCCCCACCCCCGAAGAAAGCCAGCAGUCACGAGCACUACACUCUAAACCUGCCCAGCAGGCCUCCAGGUGCGCUGCUGCACACAGCACAGCCUGGACAGGCGGGCAGGUCUGCACGUUUAUCAUGAUACAUUUUCAGCAGACGGCAGUAAAGUGUCUUGGGAAAGCUUUUUUUGUUUUCUUUUUAAAUCAUUUGCAGAAAGGCACCUUUUGGGCUCUGGGCAGUGCAU